AUGGCGCCCACACACACAUCGCUGCGGCUACAGGUUUCCGAGCGCCUCAUGUUGAUCCCAGCCGACACCAAGAGCAGCACGACUGGCUACAAGAACGUGUCCUUCAACCGCAGCAGGGAGAAGUUCGAGGUGUAUGCGCGGGAUGGCGGCAAGCGAGUCCGCCUCGGCUACUUCGACACCGCCGAAGAGGCGGCCACCGCCUACGCUCGCUCAGAGUACGGCCGCGCCGACGCCGCUAAGCUGCUGCAGCCUCGCGCUGCUCCCACUGCCGCUGGCGCCGAAGUGAUACGGCAGGCGGAGAGGGAGGGCCUCACCCUGGUCACCAGCAGCAGCAGCAACAGCGGCUACAAAGGCGUGACCUACCACGCGAAGGCGCAAGGCCGCAAGAAGUACUCGCUAAUGGUGACGGCUGGCGGCAAGCAAGUCACCCUCGGCUGGUUCGCCACCGCCGAGCAGGCGGCGCUCUUCUACGCCCGCAGGGAGGCGGGCAGGGACACCAGCGAUCUCACCGCGCCGCCGCCACCGCCGCCGCCACCCGCGCCUUCCUCUGCUGCUGGCGCCGAGGCAGUCCGGCAGGCGGAGAGGGAGGGCCUUACGCUGGCUACCAGUGGCAACAGCACUGGCUACAAGGGCGUGUCCUUCUGCCCGAAGCAGAGCGGCAGCAAGAAGUACAAGCUGGCGGUGAGGGCUGGCGGCAGGAAGGUUACCCUCGGCUACUUCGCCACCGCCGAGCAGGCUGCGCUCUUCUACGCCCGCAGGGAGGCGGGCAGGGACACCAGCGAUCUCACCGCACCGCCGCCACCGCCGCCGCCCACCUCUGCCGCUGGCGCCGAGGCAAUCCAGCAGGCGGGGAGGGAGGGCCUUACGCUGGUCACCAGCAGCAGCAGCAACAGCGGCUACAAGGGUGUGUGCUGCCGCCCGAAGGAGGCAGGCAGCAAGAAGUACAUGCUGACGGUGACGGCCGGCGGCAACAUGGACAUCGCGAAGAAAAUAAACGCCGCGGGAACCUGGAGCGCGGACUAA